AUGGGAACCUACUUCGCGGAUAUUUUGUACAGAGAGGAUAAUAUAGCUCCAGUAUUAAGCAGAGGUUUUAAAAACAAUACAGGCUCAGGAACCGAAGGAGUCAGUGAAAGACAUCACCAAGACAAAAGAAUGAGAAGUAGAGGACUUGAUAAAGGAGUGAUUUCCUCCAUGAUUAAAUCCCGUAAUUCUCCAACGCAAAGAGCAGAUCGUAUUAUAAAUAAGAAUACUUUGGAUC